AUUUUACUUCCUAAAGUUUUAGGUUUUUGGACUUUACACCUUGAAGUUUUGGAAUUUGGGAGUGUAAAAUCCAAAUAACUCCCAAACAUUAGGGGGUAAAAUCCUAAUUCUAAAUCAUUAGGGCAUAAAAUCCAAAAACUCCUAAAUUUCAAGAGAUAAAAUCCAAAUUCUGAAACUUCAGGGUGUAAAAUCUAAGCACGUCUAAACUUUAGAGGUGUAAUUUGCAAUUUACCUUAUAGUUAAUAUGUUACCUCAACUGGGGGAGAGGAAUUCGAACCUUGACUCUCCUCAUAAAAGAGAACAAGCAAUGCCACUAAGUUACAAGACUCUUAGCAGCUGUGGUCUUUGUUUUGUUUAUGUUAUCAUUGGUUUCUCUCUAGAUUAAGGGUGUUCAAUUUGUCAUUUUAGCCGGUCUUGAGCAGGAUUUUCCCACCUAACCAAUCUCAUUGGUUUUCCAAAAUUACCAACCUAAACCAGACCAUCUGAAGCAUUUUAACUGAGCUUCACCGAGCUGAAACUCGUUCUAUUGUUAGCUUCAAAGCAAAGAGAAAUAGGAAGGCAGGGACAGGUGAAGAUUUACGGAGGAUGGCAACUAUUUUUACCAGAAAAUGUAGAUAGUUGGAGAUAUGAAAGUGAAAGACAGAGAUUAGCAACAUUGGUGAUGAUCUACAGGGGAAUGGUGGAGAUUGACAAGAUCCAUGGAGAUUUCACAUUGGAGGACGUAGACUGAUGGCUAUUAUGAAGGUUAGGAGGGUUUAAGAGUUAAAGGAGUGAAGGACGGAUGGGAGUAAAAGGCAUGAAAGGCAGGUUAGGGAUUUCAAUUUCGAAAUUUGGGAAAUUUUGGAGAUUGGGUAUUCACUAAUUGGAGGCAUGGUUUUGUAUGGGCACGUGCCUUGUUUUUUUCUUCUAUCCAGCAACUAAUUGUUACCACAUGCACUAUUUAAACAUAAUAUAAUUAACUGUAAAUAAUAAUAAUAAAUAAAUAAAUAAAUAAAUAAUCGGUGGUUUGGUUAAACUGAGAAGCAGAUGGUGUAGGAGUUGCUAAAACAGAAAUCGAACUUCACAGUGAUAUUGCUAGAAGUUGACUGAGACCAAUUGGCACAAUAUGGGGUGGUCGGUUUUGUCAGGCUCAUAAACACCCAUUGGAUUAAGAGUAUGAAUAUGGUUGAAAGGAUUAUGAAAAUAUGCUAGGUGCAACUGGAGGGAAGGCACUUCCUUUUGUGACACCAGUUUGGUGAUUGAUGUCCUAGUCCUAAAUUUAAAAAAUUUUCAUUCUGUCUUUACAAUGAUGGCAAUGAUCUAGCAAGCUAGAUCCAAAGAUCCAAUUAAGUAGGUGAGCCAAUAUCAAUGUAGGAUGAAGGUAAUAAAGAUUGUUUCUCUGUUUCUUGACCCAGAAUUUAAUUGUAAAACAGAAACAAACCAACCUCUUAGAGUAAGGUUUCUGGCUAGUCCUCAAAUGCAGCUUUAAUAUUCUUAUGAUUAACUGGAAUAUUUGUGAGUUUUUUCUACCCAUUACUACCAAAAAUAUAAAUAUAUGUGCAAGUAUAGUCUUCUACAAUUUUGCUUAGUAUGCUUGGCCAAAGUUCUAGGGGAAAGGAAGGUCAUGGGUCAUGGGUUCAAGAUCCAUUGGUUGGUUGUGUGUGUAACUUAGCAGCAAAAAAAAAAAAAAAAAAGGCCAAGGGCAGGAACUCUACCAACAGGACCAACAGGAACCGUAUCAUCAACCAAUAGGACCGGGGCAAGGAUUCUAGAAACUGAAGAAUGGAAAAGACUCUUCAAGUGUCUCGGGUCCUAGAAAAAUAAAUGGAUUCAGGAUUUGAUCUAUUCAAUGACAUUAGAACAUAAUAAUCAGAAAGAACAUAGAAUUCAUUUAAAUUUUUUUUUUUUAGCACUUAACCUUUUACAAUUCAUUUUUUCUAUCUUAUUGGCGCCCUUGUAUCAUUUCUUAGUUAAUAUUUCAGCCUAUAGAUUUAUGCCUAGCCUAUUUUCUUUUAUAAUUUGGUAGGCUAAAGGAUCUUCUUAUGUUAUGCUAUUUAAUUCUCGAUAUUGUUAUUCAUAAUAUUGAUCUGAUUUGAUAUCAUCGAGAUCCUCUGAUAAGGAAGGAAACAAAAGAAUCUCAAUUUUAUGACAAAUUCAGUCCGAUGGCUGUUCUCCAUGGCACUGUCGGAUCACUAAGGCCAACUUUCAUCCCUGCUUGAUGGAUCGUGGAUAUGUUCUGUGAAGUAGAACUGUUCAGAGAUGUGGCAGUCAUUGCUGAAAACUUGAACAGAAAUGGACUUGUUUCCCAGCGGUCCAUCAUAACGCGCCUGUUGGAGGACAUGUUGAAUGAAAAGGCCAGCAAGGAUCAUGGUUACUUUCUUGCAGUAACCAGCUUAAAGAACAUAGGAAAAGGGGAGGUUGUGGAUGAGUCCGGGGACGUUUUCUUCCCUGUAGUCUUUAAUUGUCGCACCUUCUUACCUUACACAGGAGAGAUUUUACAGGGAGUUGUUAGCCACAUAUUUAGGCAUGGGGUCUUCAUGAGAUGUGGACCUAUUAAAUAUGCUUUUCUCUCUGCUCGAAAAAUGCCAAAUUACCACUUUGUUGCUGGGGAAAAUCCAAUCUUCUUGAGCGAUGAGCUUGCAAAGAUAGAGAUUGACAUUGUGGUCCGUUUUGUGGUGCUUGGAGUAAGAUGGAUAGAGAAAAGGGGACGCAUCAAAAAAGAAUUUGUGAUGCUUGCCAGUUUAGUUGGUGAUUCCCUUGGACCUAUUUCAUUGUCUGGAUCUGAUGAAUUGGAUUUGUAAAUAAAUAAGAAAACUACACAAGCAUGUUUCUUUGAAGAUGAUUUCAUUAGCAAAAUGAUUUUCAUUUUAAAUUUGUUUUAUUUUUGGCGGGUGACACUGCAAAUAGGAAGCAGAUGUUUGUGUGAUGUAUAUAUUUACCGAUGUCAAUUAUAGCUUGCAGCUAAGUUUGCUGCAAGUUUGGAAGGAUUUGAGACAUUUAAGAAUUAGGAUAUUGUAAUUACAGUGAGCGAUGAUGAUACACAGUUUAGUUCACUAUUUCCAUUCUCUAGUGCGUAGA